AUGAUAAAACAAUCUUAUGUUAAUUCUCUAACUCAACAAACUAUUGAAAUACCAAAAUUUAUAUGUAAUAUGAUAGAAUGUAUUUUACUAAGAUUAAUUUCACAUAUUUCACUUGAACAACUUUCAAUACUUCGUUGUUGUUUACCAAAUUUUCUCUAUCAACUUUUUCAACAAAUACCAAAUUUAAUUGAACAAAAUGUCAUCGAUUGGAUUGUUGAAGGAAUUCAAACUUAUUGUUCAAAUAUAACAAUUUAUAAAGAUUUAUAUCAUAUUCCUAAUCAAUGUCAUAAACAUCUUCUUUGUGAUUCAUAUAAUUGUGAUGAUAAAUUAUUUCGUUGUGUUAAAAUUCGUGAAACAUUAUGUUGUUUACAUGAUUUUAUUCAAAAUAAUUGUCAAAAAGAAAAUUUAAAAGAUCAAUUUCGUUCGAUUUAUUUUCAUGCAUCAAUUCAACAUGGAUAUUGUGAAAUAAAUUUAGAAAGAAUUGAACAAAAUGAUCGUUCAUAUUGUAUUGCAAACUAUCUUGAAACUACAACAACAACUCGUUCAUCUUUAAAACGAUUCUAUCGAUAUCGACAUCGUUUAACUACACAAUUAUCAAAUGUACAAUAUGAAACAAUGAAUAUUACAUCAAAAUCUUCGUUUAUUUAUAUAAACGUUAUCAUUUUAUACUUAUCCGUAUUACUAUAG